UUUUCCUCCACCGACACAAAAACUCGAUCAUUAUUUUCUUUCCUUUCUUCCCCUUCACUCCUCGCCUUCUCAUCUCGAUCGAAUCCUUAUGAGGAGAUAUAUCAAACAGUUUUGUGGUCAGCUACAUCAAUUUCAGUGCGUUCAAAUGUUUCUUCCAGAUCUCAACACAAUUCCCUUUUGCUUUGAUACUCCGGUGAUUCUCUAAUGCGUUCGUCGUCACUCGGUCAGUGACUUUGGGGCGGGCGGAGGAAAAAAAAAAAAGAAGAAAGAAAAGCGAAAGCGAAAAUGGAGCGAGGUUCGUCGUCGGACGAAGAGGACGACCGCGAGAACCUGAUCCUGCAGAAUGACGACGUCAAGCACCUCCCUCCCACUACUCGCUCGCCCUUCCACAUUGACGAUUUCCACUCCACAAUGCGCCGGCGAUUCCACCUCCACCUCAACAAGAGGUACCUACUCGCCAUCCUCCUUCCUCUUCUCAUCCUCGUCCUCUACUUCUCCACCCGCAACCUCUUCCCCUCCGGCCUCAGAUUCGACCGCAUGCGCGAAUCCGAAUUGCGCGCUCUUUAUUUGUUGAGACAACAGCAACUAGGGCUUUUCAGUUUAUGGAAUAACUCCCAGUUGGAAACGGGGAACCGUUCGUUCGUACAGUCGACCGCAUUGCUCGACGAUCUUAAAUCUGCCCUACUCCAGCAGCUUUCCUUGAAUAAAGAGAUUCAGCAGGUUCUCUUGUCGUCCCAUCGAUACGGGAACUUAUCCGAGUUCCAAUCCGAUUUUCAGGACCCCAGUCUAAGCGGUGGUUAUGGUUUCGGUAGGUGUGGAAAGGUGGACCAGAAGAUGAAUGCGCGAAGAACCAUUGAGUGGAAGCCGAAAUCAAAUAAAUACUUGUUCGCAAUUUGCCUGUCCGGGCAGAUGUCCAACCAUUUGAUUUGCUUGGAGAAGCACAUGUUCUUUGCGGCUCUGCUUGACCGGGUUUUGGUCAUUCCGAGCUCCAAAGUGGAUUACCAGUACAAUAGGGUCUUGGAUAUUGAUCAUAUUAAUGAAUGCUUUGGGAGAAAGGUUGUUGUUUCGUUUGAGGAGUUUUCCGUGGCUAAGAAGAAUCAUAUGCACAUAGACAGUUUUAAAUGUUAUUUUUCGCUGCCUCAGCCUUGUUAUGUGGAUGAGGAGCACAUUAAGAAGCUAAAAUCUUUGGGACUUUCAAUGGGGAACCCUGAGCCUGCUUGGGUUGAGGAUAUUAAGAAGCCAAACAAGAGAACUGUUCAAGAUGUCCAGUCCAAGUUCUCUUCGGAUGACGAUGUUCUUGCAAUUGGAGACAUUUUCUAUGCGGAUGUGGAGCAAGAUUGGGUGAUGCAGCCAGGUGGGCCGCUUGCUCACAAAUGCAAGACGCUAAUCGAACCAAGUCGUCUUAUUUUACUUACCGCACAGCGUUUUAUUCAGACAUUCUUGGGAAAGAACUUCGUAGCACUUCACUUUCGGAGACACGGCUUCUUAAAGUUCUGGUAUGUCUACGUUUUCCCUGUCCAGUGUCCAAAUGGUGAUGUUUAUUUGUCACAGUAUGCUUUCUUACAGCUAUGCAUAUGUUGCAAUUGUUCGGUAACAAAAAACUUUUUAAUCGUGAAAACUCAAUUUGUUUACCUCCUUUUUUUACCCACUUGCACAACAAAUAUGGCGUUUUAAUUUCUCAUUUUUGCCUACUAGCUAUGGUUAUUCAUUGUAUGCCCAGUAUGUGCCAGUUAAUCCUAGCUUACGAGGCUCUGAGGAAAGGUAGAUGUGCAAUAUGUAAGCAUUUGCUAGCGAUUUGCAUCGCGUUGUAUCAUAUAUGCAUACCUUUGUUGUAGAUAUUCCCAUCCCUUCCUUAGGUCGGAUGUACCCUUAUCCUUUCUUGAGGGAGAGAAAUUCUGGGUUCGAGUUACUUAUGCAAUCCUAUGACAAGUAGAAUUCUCUUUUUAUAUGAUAUUUUGUUAAUAAUGUAAAAGCAAUAUUUGCUCAUGCUCCAAUUUUAAGUCACAUUUUGAAUGCUUGAAUGGAAGGACUAGCUUUUGAGCAAAUGUGACUUUUUAUUUGCAUUCUGUAUAUGGAUGCGUUUAUGUAUGCUUGCUAAGAAAAAUUUUAGCAUCUCAGUACCUGUAAUCUUGUUUAAUUUUCCAGCAAUGCUAAAAUGCCCAGUUGCUUUUUCCCCAUUCCUCAAGCUGCGGACUGCAUCACUCGAAUAGUUGAAAAA